AUGUUGAUUUCUCAAGUAGCAGGCAUUUUGACCUUAGGCAUUAGUACACGAGGACAAAAAAAGACGUUAGGCUUAAGGACUGAGGUUCCCAAGGAACGUGGACAAAACAUGACGUUAGGGUUCAGGUCUGAGGUUGCCAAGGGGCGUGAGGGUGUUCACCAGGCUUUCAAGCCCGGCAAACCAUACUGGCUAGGCAAACCCAAAACCGACGCUCAAGCACGACAUUUCGCUAGAAUGGCCGAAGCGGUGAAGUCACGCAAACCAAAAGUUCCUGCUCUGACCAACGCAUAUCAGCUACCCCAGGAUGAUUUCGGGCAUAAUGCUGCCUUUAUGCAACACAAUCCCUACGAUCAAGAUGAAGCAGAGCAUCGGCGCAUUCCAACCCCGGAAUUUAUCGAAGAUAUACGUCGUGCAAGGCUUGAAGAUGAACGACAGGCCCGGGCUCUGGCAUUGGAAGCAGCUACACAGGAGAUGUUUGUUGCCUACAUUGAAUGUCAUCUGCUGACUGCUGAAUGGGGUGAUCCAUCGAAGUGGGACCUUGAUCAUAAGCCUCCACAGUGCGACUGUCAAGCUCAUCGAGUGCGAUUCAGGCGGGUCGAUCUUGUAGACAUUUUGUUUAUAACUACCUCACCUUCAGAUCGUCGCAAAGCUGAGAUUCGGUUUUGUGGAUGUCAAACAAACGAUAACACGCGUCUGAUUUACAUGGGGUAUGUUGGUGGGUCACCCAAAUUCCCAGAAACAGCCUUUUCCAUUCGACUUCUGCGUUUCUUCCACAUAGUGUGGAAGUAUUGCACAAGCCGUGUGGAUCCAUUCACUCGAGCGCUGGAUGAGUUUCUCGACGCAUUCAAUCCGUUGAUCCUCACCAAGAACGAAGAGCCUCGUCGUUGGCAUACCCCAUUUCGAUGGGCUAUUGACGCCUAUCGCAAGAUGUUAACCGCCACCGAAACAGCUCUCAAUGAGGAAAUGAGUCUCUCACCUCAAGAAAAGUUAGCCGAAAAUUGCCCACGUUGUUUCGGCGCCCCAGUCCCCAGUACCAUCGAAUCCGAACCAGACGUUAUCGUGUGCCUAGAUGGCAAUUUUCAACAUAGGCGGCAUAUCGUUGCAGGUCAACAAGCCGGCAGGACAGCCAUCAAGAUGCCUUCCACAUUUUUACCGCAAUCACGAGUGACUCAAAUGGAAAAUCGACUUGCAGGUAUACCGGAAAACGACGCCGUCAGUGCAUUUUGUUAG